UCCCUCUUCCUUCUCCCUAUCUCUCUCUCUCUCGACUUCCUUUCCAUUCAAAGAGAAGAAAAUGGUGAAGUUCUCAAAGGAGCUUGAAGCUCAACUAAUCCCAGAAUGGAAGGAAGCCUUUGUAAACUACUGGCAACUCAAGAAGCAGAUAAAGAAGAUCAAACUCUCACAAAAAUCCAAACAACCCCAACAAGUUCUUGACCAUGAAUUUGGUCUUUCCAUUUUUGAUCCCAUUCGCUCCCUCGCCAAAAAUAUAUCCAGCAAGCUCUUCCACUCCGAUACCGAAACCGAAAUCAUUCAGGCGAGGAGCAAGAGCAUGGAGGAUGGUGAUGAAGAAGUACUGUACCAAACCGAGCUUGUUCAAUUGUUCUCCGAAGAAGAUGAGGUGGCGGUGUUUUUUGAGAGUCUGGAUGGAGAGUUAAAUAAAGUGAACCAGUUUUACAAGAAUAAAGAGAGCGAAUUUCUUGAAAGAGGAGAGAUACUUAACAAGCAGCUAGAGACUUUGCAGGACCUCAAACGGGUUCUCAACGAGCACUGUCGUCGUAAGCCGAAUGCCGGAGUCCUUCCUCUUUCUUGCUCAUCCUCACCACCUCGAAACUCCUUUUGUUCUGAAAGCGCGAGUGAAUCAAAUGAGACCUCUGCAGAUUCACAGAUUGAUGAAAUCAUCGCAGCACUGGAGAGAGAUGGCAUCAAUUCGGCCACAAGAAAAAAAACAAAGAAAGGGAAACCUAAGAUGGCAAUGAGGAUUGGCAUUCCAGCUGCUGCACCAACACGAACGAUCACGGCUGUAACAUCAAUGUUGUGGGAAGAUUUGGUUAAUAACCCUAAAAAGGAAUUAGGUGCUGGAGAUUUCAUUAAUAGAAAGAAAAUCCAGUGUGCUGAGAAGAUGAUUAGAGGUGCAUUUGUGGAGCUCUAUAGAGGCCUCGGUCUCCUUAAAACUUACAGCUCGUUGAAUAUGGUGGCCUUCACGAAAAUAUUGAAGAAAUUCGACAAGGUCUCUAAUCAACAAGCAUCAGCAAGUUAUUUAAAAGUAGUGAAGAGAUCCCACUUCAUUAGCUCUGAUAAGGUUGUGAGACUAAUGGAUGAUGUGGAGUCCAUCUUCACAAAGCACUUCGCCAACAAUGACAGGAAAAAGGCGAUGAAGUUCCUGAAACCCCAGCAACAAAAAGAGUCUCACAUGGUUACGUUUUUUGUUGGAUUGCUUACUGGUUGUUUUGUAUCACUGUUCAGUUUAUACGCAAUCUUGGCACACUUGGCUGGUAUUUUUAAGCCAAAUUCUGAAAGAUCAUACGUGGAAACUGUCUACCCUGUUUUCAGUGUCUUCACCUUGUUAAGUUUUCACUUGUUUAUGUACGGGUGCAAUCUCUUCAUGUGGAAGGGUACACGGAUCAACUACAAUUUCAUUUUUGAAUUCCAACCCAGCACAGCCCUCAAGUACAGAGAUGCCUUUCUCAUUUGCACCACUUUCAUGACCUCGGUGGUUGCAGCAAUGGUAAUCCAUCUUCUCUUAAGGGCUAGCGGUUUUUCACCAAACCAUGUCGAUGCCAUUCCUGGGAUUCUCCUCCUAAUUUUUAUUUUCGUGCUCAUUUGCCCUUUUGACAUCUUCUAUCGUCCAACACGUUAUUGCUUCAUCCGGAUUAUACGAAACAUAGUCUGCUCUCCAUUUUACAAGGUUUUGAUGGUCGACUUUUUCAUGGCAGACCAACUUACUAGCCAGAUUCCAUUGUUGAGGCACAUGGGAUCCGCAACUUGCUACUUUCUAGCUGGGAGUUUCAAGACACAUAGAUAUGAAACCUGCAAAUCCGGAAGGCUAUAUAGGGAGCUUGCUUAUGUCAUUUCAUUUUUGCCUUACUAUUGGCGUGCUAUGCAGUGUGCAAGAAGAUGGUUUGAUGAAAGUGACCUCAACCAUUUGGCUAACAUGGGGAAGUACGUUUCUGCCAUGGUGGCAGCUGGUGCGAGGAUAACUUACGGUAGGCAGGAGAACCACCUAUGGUUUGGUAUAGUCCUGGUUACUUCUGUGUUUUCCACAGUCUAUCAAUUGUAUUGGGAUUUUGUUAAGGACUGGGGCCUUCUCAACUCUAAAUCCAAGAAUCUAUGGCUAAGAGAUAAUUUGAUACUGAACAACAAAAGCAUGUACUACAUGUCCAUCGUCUUGAACAUAGUUCUUAGAGUUGCUUGGGUGGAGACGGUCAUGGGGUUCCGCUUCAACAUGGUUGAGUCACGUAUGUUAGAUUUUUUAUUGGCUUCUUUGGAGGUAAUUCGACGUGGCCACUGGAAUUUUUACAGGUUGGAGAAUGAGCAUCUGAAUAAUGUUGGCAAGUUCAGGGCGGUGAAAGCAGUUCCCUUGCCAUUCCGCGAGACUGAUUCUGAUGGCUGAGAUGUCCAACCGUCAAAAUGUAAAGAAUUUCCUUGCAAGUUCAUUCCAGGUACAGUUCCUAGAAGGCUGACAUAAAGGGGCCAUAUGGGAUCCACAUCUUAUAAAACAAUGUGCGAGUCUCCUUUUCAUUCUUCACAGAUCCAACUGAUUCGGUGAUUGUAAAGCUUUGAGUGUAAUGAAGAAAGCGAGCAUCAAGUUUACUUGGAAUUAUUAUCUUGUACAAUAUUGGGAAUUCUGACUUCGAUUUGAUGAUAUGAACGAAACUGAUGUCUUCGACGAAUUUUCA